AGAAAACGCAGCCAUCGCGCGUCGCGCACCUGCGUAAAAGAGCGCAGCGCCGUCCGCUGUGGAUGGAGGAACACUGCAGUCCUCGCCGGUGACAAACUGCUAAGUUGUGUCUGAGGAACCGGCCACCAAGGAAGGAUAUGAAUGGUUUUGUUUCACACCGAAAGACCUGCCGGCUGGAUUCUAAAAGAUGAAGCACUCCUGCUCCUCCUCUCCCUCCUCAGUGCUGCCGUGACCGUGGCGUGCAGACAGACCCAUCCUCUGGCACGUCUCUACUUGUUCUCCUCCGAGAAACAUGACGCGCAAUUUCCUGCCUUAUGUCGGACUUCUGUCGGUCCUUUUCACCUGCUCUUUAACAAUGCAGUAUGAGGAGGACUACGAGGAUGUCACUGUGAACCAAAUGCUGGCUCCGAAGCCCCAGGAAACAGACACCACGGAGAUACUCAACAAUUUACUCAAAGAGUAUGAUAAGAAGCUGAGACCGGAUAUUGGAGUGAAACCAACUGUGAUAGAUGUGGACAUAUUCGUGAACAGCAUUGGACCAGUGUCUUCAAUCAACAUGGAAUACCAAAUUGACAUCAUCUUCGCCCAGACAUGGACAGACAGCCGCCUCAGAUAUAACAGCACAAUGAAAAUACUGACUUUGAACAGUAACAUGGUUGGACUUAUUUGGCUGCCGGACACGAUCUUCAGAAAUUCCAAGACUGCCGAUUCUCAUUGGAUUACAAUGCCUAACCAGCUGCUCAGGAUAUGGAACGAUGGGAAAAUACUUUACACCUUAAGGUUGACCAUAAAUGCUGAGUGCCAGCUGCAGCUACACAACUUUCCAAUGGAUGAGCACUCAUGCCCGCUGAUCUUCUCCAGCUACGGAUACUCACAAGAUGAGAUGAUUUACAAAUGGAGGAAGAACUCUGUGGAAGCGGCUGACCAGAAAUCCUGGCGCCUGUACCAGUUUGAUUUCAUGGGCCUGAGAAACACCACAGGCAUAAUAAAGACGACAGCAGGUGACUAUGUGGUGAUGACUGUAUAUUUUGACUUGAGCAGAAGAAUGGGCUACUUUACCAUCCAGACUUACAUCCCCUGCAUACUCACCGUGGUUCUCUCCUGGGUGUCCUUCUGGAUCAAAAAGGAUGCCACUCCAGCCAGAACAGCUUUAGGAAUAACCACAGUCCUUACCAUGACCACGCUCAGUAGUGUGGCCAGGACAUCCUUACCCAGAGUGUCUUAUGUCACCGCCAUGGACCUUUUCGUCACCGUUUGCUUCCUGUUUGUCUUUGCUGCCUUGAUGGAAUAUGCAACGUUAAAUUACUACUCGUACACUAUUCAAAGACCCAGCUGCAUGGAACCUAAAAGGCUGAACUUCUCCAUCCUGGACGUGAGACCUCCUCCACACACCGUCAUUGCUUUAAACAACUCAUUGUAUUGGCAGGAGUUUGAAGACGCUUGUGUCUAUGAAUGUCUGGAUGGAAAAGACUGCCAGAGUUUCUUUUGCUGCUUUGAAGAAUGUAAAGGAGGUGCAUGGAGAAAAGGAAGAGUGCACAUAGAUCUACUUGAACUGGAUACGUACUCACGUGUGUUUUUCCCCACAUCCUUCUUGCUCUUCAACAUUGUGUACUGGGUAGGCUAUCUCUACCUUUAGUACAAUAUGUAGAGCAGUUUUUGGAAUCAAAGGUCAGAAAGCAGGGUUACAUAACGAAUUUUAGUCAUGAUGUAAGGUACUGUAACAGCAAAUAAGCUCUUCCCUGUGGUUGCUGAACGAUUUACCUGGAAACGAAAACAUCAAGAGGACAGCGUGCAUCUGCAGGCAGAGAUUUCUGCUGUGGCGACUUUAGGCACAAGAGUACAACUCUGCUGAGUUUUCCUUUGUAUGCUGUACUCAGCUGUGCAAACUCCGAGAGGACUAAGGACAAACAAGCAGCGUGCUGUGCACUGGGAUAGCUAAAGCUGUAGGACAACUGUUAUCCAGCCAUCAGUCAAAUCUAACUGAUGAAAAUCCAAGGACGCUCAAACCAUUCCUAGUGCCUUCCUUUGGAGGGGUAGAUACUAUCCGUAACAAUAAUCAGGGAAUAUUAUUUAUAGAAUAGAACAGAAGAGCCUGGCUUUGACUGGUUAUCAUUACAAGCUUAGAGUUACGUUUAUAUGGCAGCCACGUCUUACUCUAAACUUAUUAUUUAAAUACCUUCAUCAUGACGUUCAGCUAUUCGAUGUGACUAGGUAUGGGGCAUUUCUGCUAUCAGGGUACCCCAACAUUUUAAAUAGUAGCUGUUCUAAAACCACUUAUUUGGUUUAAAAUCCUUUUAAUGAGAUGCCAGAGAAAGUGCUAGAGUAAGUGGAGUUUUCUCCAGCUGUAUGGAGCAUAGAAUAAUGCAACACUCCCCCUCCCCCACCUGUUACUGCACACUGCAGUUCAGCUGGCUGAAAGAAGCCUUCUACAUUUUUCCCUUGCCUACAACAAAGACAAACUCGACUGUUUAGAAAUAUUUAUGGUCUUGAAAAAUGCUAUGUGUGAAAACUUAAUCGAUUUAAGUUAAAAGCAGAUAGUCCAUAUACCAGCAAAUAUCAACUUGUUAUACUUGUGUUAAUCUAUAAAGAGCAGGACGAGAGUAGGUGCAGUGCUCUGUACAAGAAGCACUUGGAAAUAACAGAAACAUUUAGUGGGUGUUUAUUCUAUAUAACUGUAAUAGACAACACUAGCAAAUGUUUGAAUAAUUGUUGCUUUUUUAUUUAUGUCAGUUGUAUCCUGUCCACAUUUUUCUUUACAUUCUUUGUGUUUAUACAAUGUUGUUUUUUUUUAACAGUUUUACUCAAGGUUGCAAUCCGUGCCUAUAACUAGAUGUGACCAUUUCCUUCAUCUUUCAUUCUUGUUACUGAUUUGGUGUAACACAAAAACCUGUUUUGGGGACAGGAACUCUUGAAAUAAACUUUAAAUGCAUAAUUUAUAUUUUUGUUUGUUACUGUUGAUUUUUGUUUCUAUGGUGAGGCUAAAAAAAGUUAGUUUCUUAUUUGCUGUAAAUAACGCUUUAAAUGAUUCAACUUGCACCAAUGGAAAGCAAAA